AUCCAUAUUUUGAUAACCAUGGUAACAUGCUAGCUUCGUAAUUUAUACAGUGCAUGCAUAGCGGUUGGCCAUAUACCUGACAAACCAACCUACUCAGAGUCCAUAGUCCAUAGGACUGGACGGGUUCAAGACCAGUGAAACAAAUGGCAACAUCAAAAGAAGUUACUUCCAGAGUGCGGGCAGCGAGGACGUCCAAAAGAGCUGAUAAAUCAUCUCAGAACUUUAUGGAAAGACUGCCAUCUGAGAUCCUGAUUAAGAUUCUGUCAUACCUGGAUGCCUCUGCUCUUUUCAGCAUCAGCCAUGUCAAUAAGCUCUUCUACCAGCUUGCCAGUGAUAAUGCCCUCUGGAACAAGAUAUAUAUUGCAGAGUUUGGGAAGAAUAAAAAGUCCAAGCCCAAAUCCAAGAACAUGGAUGAUGAGCUGCUGCUAAAGAUGGCCACAGUGGAUCUGCAGGAUUGCGCUGCUGGCUACUGGAAGUGGCUGUUCUUUAAGACUGUAGCUGCAUGUGACAUGAACAAGUGGAAGAGACAUCUUGGACUCAUCAACCGUCACACUGGGCUGCCCAGUCAAACAGAGCGGGUUCUCAGAAACUUGCACGUCACCUGGGAGCUGACGGUCUCUGAUAAGUCAGGACGUGAGGGCACAUUGGAGCUGAGCUGGUCUCACUUCUGUGAGACUUCUGUGUCUCUGUGCUGGAGCGGAGGAGGCUGGUUGCCCAACUACCAGCAGAUUUCCACCCUUCAACUCUACGGUGUCAGGAGGAUAGCCCUCAGCUGUCCUGGCCUAAAGAAACCUGGCUGGAGAUCCCUCAUGGCCAAGAUAGACGUACAGACUUUAACUAAAAGCGUGCAGGUCAUUGGUCAGGACAGACUGGUCGAACUGAAGCUGCUACAGCCUGGGAUCAUCAUCAGUACCUGGAAGGACCAGUGCUCCGUUGCCUUCAUCAUGUUCACCCUCCACUUCCACAAGCUAGUGGAAAGAAGCAUCCAGGGAUCUUCUGUGUGCCCCUACGUGGAGCCACUGGUCAAACCCCCUUUUGAUGACAUAGACCCCGAAUUUGGUCUCCAUGGUUACCAAUUACACAUUGUUCUCCACAACACUGCAUGCAAGCUGAUGUCCGGAAGCUUUUCCCAGCUCUUCUGCCGCAAAACUCAGAUCUGUGAUGGACUGAUCCAGCUGAAUGCCAUUAGCAGGACAAACCUGUCUCAGCACACACCUCUGUCAGGCAACAUCACCCUACCCUGGAAGUGUGAGGCCCUGCAGGGCAAUACAGAGAAUUGCUGCAUCAUGAGUCUGACUCUGCUGGAUGAAUUCAAGAAACCCUUUUGGUGUGUCAGCUCUCCUGUUUCCAUGAAGUUGGAAAAGACAACCGUCUCCUAUGACUAUGAUGGUGAGCACUUCCUGAUCCACUAUCUGGACUCAGACGGUCAGGUAAGGAUGGAACUUGUAUGGAUGGAGGAAGAGAAGCAGUUUGUCGUCAUCAGUUUAGUCGUCUAUGUGAGUGUUUCUAACGUCAACAAGUAUUUCGGUAGAGAUUACUGAACCUGCUGUAUUUCUGGGACAAGUUUUGAGGUUUUCAAUCAUUACACCUGGAUACUGUGACUUUACUUUUUUAAUUUUUUUGUGGCAACCUGCACCUUUAAGCCUGGGUGACACAUAGACACUCUAACUUUCCUGCGACGACUCACAGCUAGCACGCCAUGUGCAUCCACUCACUAAAGGAAGAUGCCCAGUUCGUCACAGUGGACCAGUGUGUCCGCUGCUGAGUUCACCAGCUCCUGGUGAAGUCCAUCUGUGUAUAAUGCGCUGUGGAGAAAACUGAUUUGCUGUAUGCUCUGUGUUUUGUCAUCUGCUCGUGGCUUUUUGAGUUUGCUGGUUGUUAUAUAGCUAAAGGUCAUGUAAUAGAUCUCAGGGGUUAUCUGGGGAAGCUGAACCUGUAAUCUAAACUAAAACAAACUUUAUCCAAGUUGACUCUGGCUAGCACCCUGGCUGCUAGUUCUUACAGUAUUUUAAUGAAACAAUAAUAUAUCUUGGGACAUCUAGUAGCGUAAUGAUAAAGGCACAUACCACAUAGCUGCAACAUCCACAGUUUAAUUCCCUGUUGGGGAACCUUUGUUACAUGUCUCUCUGCCGUUGUUUUCUGUCUCUCUCUAUACUGUUAUAUUAAAGCAAAUGCUAAUUGGACGUUUAAUUAUUAUUUUAUAACAUUAUUACUUAUUGCCUUUUUGAAUUGCAUAAUAUAAAUGUAAUUUUAAUGAAUACUUCAUUGAUCAUUUUGGAUCAGUUAAUUAAUUUAAUAAUAAUUAGUCUGUAAUUAUUCUAGUUACACACUUCAGAUGCACUGUUCAAGGUGUUUUGACUAUCAGUUACUAAAACUAAUAUUCAAACAUCCUUAUACUUUUUACAGAAUACUUCAUCAUUUAUAAUUGAGUUGGUAAUGCUGUAAAUAUUCUGUGGUUUUCUACAUCUUUUCUUACAAAGGAAUACUACUUGUUUUUGUGUCUAUGCAAUCUGUUGAAAUUAAAUUAUAUGGACAAAAGCUUCAUAAGUUAAAAGAAGCCAUCAUUUUGUUGGAAUUUAAGACAGAGGCAGAUAGUUGCAGAUGUGGAUGUUUAUCAUGGUGACAACUGCCUUGACCCUCUCUAGCCCUAAAGGAAUGCAUGUUGAAUAUGUAAGCAUUUUUCUACUCCGUAUUUAAAUAGAAACCUAAGCUUGGAGGUGAUUCAGGUCAUUUUCCCCAGCCUUAUACUGUAUUACUAUUCCUCUAUGACUAACUGACAAAGUUAAUUUUUACAUACACAAUAAGAUGUGUUUUUACAAGAUUGAAGCAAAAUUAAGACAUGCUUUAAAUGUAUUAAUGUAAUGAAAGGUUUGUUGUUUUUGUAUGAUUCACGCAAACCAAGUUAUGCUUCCCUAUAUCAUGGCAUUUAUACCUUAACAACCACAUUACCUCAAUUGCAUUGUCAGACAUUAUGCAGUUACUUUUAGAUGAAAAUUGAGUUUAAUGUCCACACCCUGGGCAAGUCUGGCUACAGUGAUAGAAUUAGUGUGGGAGCAAUUGUUGGAAACAGUUGCCAUGCUGCUGAUGGGCCAGCACUGCUGAUGGCAAUAAAAUAAGGCAGGUCUCUAGAUAAUAGGAUUUAGAGGCUUCCCUUCUUUUUCCCAGCGAGGGUCAUCAUCACCUUGAAAAGAUGCUUAUUUUUCCAAACACAUCACCAACUACAUUGGCACUAGAUCCAAAAUCAUUUGGGGAAAUGAGCCAGAGGGAAAAAAAACAGUAUGUGUGAUGAAUUGUUUUUUGUCAAGAGCUUCACAAUUGAAUUGACUGCAUCCAAGGCUGAGCUCCAUCAUGUCAGACUGACCAAAUGUAAGAAUGAGAGCCAUAUACAACUACAUUGGAUAGUUGACUUGGACACAUAAUACACUGAAAAAUUACCUGAUAUUGACCAUUAGUUGGACUGAAUGAUGUGCACCAUGUAUGACUUUCAAGUGUGUUACAAUACAUUUCCAUUACAGUGACCUUCAUACUCCUGUUUGCUGUCACAUCAACUGUUGCAAACUGCCAAUCCCUCAUUGCCAUUUUAUUAGAAAAACCAGGAGCCAAGGGUAUUGCGGGCUAGUGAUGGACUCAUAGGAACAUAAAGCCAGUUAGUCACCGUAACGUCUAAACAAAGGGGACCAUGGAGCCUUGACUGAGCACACUGCAUGAUCUACCUCUACUGGUGCAGAGAGUAUUAACUUAAUGCUCCUGCUGUGAUUUUUAAAGAAUUAAGAAUUCCUAAAAUCAAGCUAUACAAGCAUGCUGGUUCACAGUUAUUUGAAUAUAGUUUAAUAUAAGCAGUUCUCCAGCAGAUGGCUCUCUUUAGUAAACAAUGAAAGCAUCAGUAAACAGCGCAGUGGUUUUGAUUUUCUCCAUUCUUUCAAUCUGUCCAAAGGCAAUUGCAGAGAAACUUAUAAAUGUCUUACAGCAAUGUAAUUUCAGCACAAUAUGAGUGUCUUUUCUGUGAAUGAUUUCUGCUCUUUUCAGUGAAUGUGUUGUCCUUUCCUCUUCUUCAUGCUGUUUUUCUAUCUCUUUUUCUGCUCUUGUGCAAAGUAAUUACAAGCCUGUAUGUUAAUCACAACUUAUAAAGACUUGAACACCAAAUAACGAUUAAGAAAGAACCCACAGCCAAACCACUGAAUGGGUAAAUUUAGUGACAUAAAGCUUCAUUAAACUCAUCUUUCUUAGUUUCCUCACAGGCUAAUCUUGGAAGAAAAUUGCUUCCAUUUUUAGCCUUUAAUUCUCUCCCAUGUGAGUGACCAGCUGGGUCUGCAAACUAUUCAGCCUCAGAAGCCAAUGACACAGUCCUUAUUUAGUCCUCUCAUUGGAGGAAAAUAGACAACUAAUGAAAUGCACCAGGAGAGAGCUUGAUUGUGUGUGUGGGUAUUUUGUGUCUGGGUACACACAUUCAUACAGGCUUCUUUUGUUUUUAUUUACAGCAGCCUUCUUAAAUGAAGUUGCUGCCUUAAAAGAAUAUCAGAAUUUAAUUGACCCCCCCCCCCCCCGCCUGGGAGAUAAUCAUAGCCUUUCUCCACACUGAUGAGUGCAAAGCCUUCACAUUUCCUAUUCCCUAACAUUCCACAUUUAUUACCCAGUUUGGUGAGUAGGUGAGGCCAGAAAAGUUAAUUAUGCUUGUAAUGAUCAGAAAAACAUCGACCACAACAGUCCAAAACAUGAAUGCCAAAGCCCCAUUAGAAGCUGCAUAAUCAAGCAAAAAGUGUUUUGUUGAUGCCACAAAAUAACAGAUGGUCAGGGAUUCACGUUGUUGGAAGUGAACUCUGCUACCAUUGACCAGCAGACACCUACCUGAUCUACUUUACAUCUCAUACUUUUUUGGUCACCCAGCAGACGUGGAGCUGGAUGGUGAGCUUCAAGGGGUGGCAGUAUUAUAAUAGGUUUGCGAUGCCCAAUAAGAUCCUUGGUUUAUUCUCCCCUUAAAAUGGUGCAUCAAGACCAGCCGGCUUGUGGAGAAAUCCAUUUAUUUCAAAGCUGCUGCCUGUCCUAUGCUCCAAGAGCUCAAUGAGCAGUAUGAGAGGAGUGCCAUUCCUGCUGCAUGGUUCAGGGUUGCAUCAGUCUGCAAUGACUAUAUACAGUAGAACAAAUGUAGUACUACUGAAUAU